AUCGUACGUACGUCUUUCGUAUAAUAAUUCGUACUGUCGAUCGUAGCGCCACUUGACGAUAACUACGUAUCGAAGCGAGCGUGCUGCCACCGGAUCGAGCGGAUUUUUAGCAAACGCUCACCGGUGCGAUAAGUUACAAUAUGGCCGCCGAGAAAGCGCGUUGCAUUACAUUUUGAUCCCAUAUUUUAGCUCAUUUAUAUAUUAUUUAGUGUAAUAAAAAUAGUCAGCAAGAUGAAUAUGUCUGUGGAGAAAAAGAAAUAUCCUUCGGCAUUACCAACGAAUUGGUCAACGAGAGAGGAAACAGCUAGAAAAAGUCAAAAUCAAUUAACGUCUACGGGAAAGGUUGAUGUUUAUUAUUACAGCCGUGGUGUGAGAAACGACGCAUCAUUGGUACCACCUAUAAGGCAAACGGCUUCCAUUUUUAAACAGCCGGUUACUAUAUACAAAACGCAAGAGGGGAAAGUAAAGGAUUUAAAGCAUGGUAAUCAAGAGAAACCAAAACAGGAAGGAGCCGAUAAAGCUGAUGGCAAAUACGGCUCCCAAGAUAAGCCUAAGCAGCUUUUUUGGGAAAAACGUUUAGAGGGCCUAAGAGCUUGCGACCCAGAUGGAUACGAAUUUGAUGCAAUGGAUCUACCAAAGUCCCUAAGACCCGUUGGACCUUACAUAACCGAAGAAACAUUGUUGCAAAGUGUGGCAACGGCUCUUCACGUAUCCUCACAACCGGUUACGGGACAAACGGGAUCUAAAACGGCAUUGGAAAAAAAUCCUGGUGUAUUUCUUAAUCCCGAUCAACCCCUCGUACAGGCUGUAUCUAUAGCGGAUGAAGACAUCAAACGACAAGAAGAUCGCGUAGCGCUAGCGAGAAAAAAAUUACAAGAAGCCUUACGAGGGAUGCCUACGUAAAGUCUCUUUUAGCCAUAUUAUCGAUAAUACAUUCUUUAGCUUUAAGUUCAUUUUAAUUUAUAUCACGCAUCAAUUUUUAUAAUAAAUGUUUUAUAAAAAAGAAAAUGAAAAAAGGAAAAAAAAGAGCAAAAAUUGAGAGAGAGAGAGAGAGAGAGAGAGAUCGAAAAGAAAAAGUUGGCGUCAAGGUGAAACAUUUUUUGUGUCGAUUAAUUUAGUCUUAAGUCGAUUCCUUUCGGGCAAAUACUUAAUCUCCACAGAAAAAUCACGAUUUGUAAUCUAUUACGUUAAAAUUCUGAUUAAUGCGUCCUUACCUGCGUUAACUGGUCUCUCUAUCGCAACAUUUAAUAUUCCAUCCAGCAACUUUCUCGUCUGGCAUUAUCCAGGCAACGUAACGUAAUGUCUCGCAAAUACGAGACGCAACAUUCGAAGAAAGAUGCACACGCAAUCGGAUUCUAGGUCAUUAAACUUCCUUCAGCUGAGUUGCACGAAAGAAAGAUCAAAUUAAUCAGAUUGAAAUCGUUCAUGUUGGAAAGCGCUAAGGACAACCACUCGUAAUCCGAUAUUGUCGUAAACGAUCGAGCGUGUAGUAGGAAAUUCGAUCUUGUUCUGGUACAAGCCAAGAAAAAGAAAGAAGAUAUAAACGAGAUUGAAGGAAAUAAAGCGAAAGGGAGGAGAAGAGGUAGACAGCGUUUAAAAUCGAUCAAACUACUCUAAAUAUUUCAAGACUAAGCAUGCGAUAGAAAUGAAACGAUUCGUUCGAGAACGCUUUAGAUGCGAGCAAGAAACUCGACCUACAGUAAUCGGAAAUAAAAUGUAGACUCCCAUUAAAAUCUCGUUGCAAUUACAUAUAUAAUUUGAGCAGAGGAAAAGGUGGAAUAAGAAAAAGAACGGAAUGGGGUGUGGAAGAGAAGGGCAUAUUUAUUAUUACGCUGUAGGGCUUGGCUCUUUAGCAGCGAUUCAAUCUUUCUUCGCAAUUCUCGUCGAGUGACGGAGAAAAGAGAGAAAGAGAGAGAGAGGGAGAGGGAGAGAGAGAGAGAGAGAGAGAGAGAGAGUACCUAGAGUGAAAUCGUCAUCGUCGGUACUCGGCGAUCAGGGCGAACGAGCCCGGGUCAAUAAAGCCCUUUUUUUUUUUCUUGCAAACGACUUUACGCUCGAGCAACGACGCGCAAGGUCUCACGGCUAGACGGGACAGAAGAGAAGCGCGAAAAGAAGAGGACGACUUUUUUCGAAUCAUUUGAAAAGAAGAAACAAAAAAACUAUUUCGCGUACGAAGGAAAGACGAAUAAGAAUAAGAGAAGAAGAGUGAACUUGCGUUGUUGUGCUUUAGCAAGAGAGAGGAUAAAAUGAAAAAGAAAGUGAGAGAAGGAGAGACUCGUGCCAUCGUCUGGGAACGGGUAGACGAGAUGCCUUCGUUCGAAGCUCGACUCGUCAACAAAAGAAAUACCCGAGGCCCCCAGGUAUAUAAUAGGUAUAUAGUACAUACAAUGGCGUAUCGCCAGCUUUUCAGGUAAGCCAGAACGAACAGCCAGGUAAGCCAGGUGGUAACCUUCUUUUUUUCCCCCCCUCUCUCUCUCUCUCUCUCUCCCUCCCUCUUCAUAUUCUUCGAGGCCCUCAACCUCGUCGUCCUUUUCUCACCAUCAUCGUCCAACAGCUGUUUCCCUGUGCGUUUCGCCAAAAGGCUUGCCCUUUUUCCUUCUCGACGUCGCGAUCGAACCAGAUCGUUCCUUGCCCUCGGCCUGCACCAUUUUUAAAUCUUUGCGACUCGUUUCAUUUCUCCCCUUUCAAUCUAUCUUCUUAUGCGUGCGUCUGUGCUAGUACGUACAAAUAUUAAAGUCGAAGGAAGGACAAGUAAAUUGUAGCUCUAUUGGCUCUAUAAUGGCGGAAAACCCGCAUCGUAGUGACGUACGCGACACCCUACGGUUCGACGCGAUUCAUUCUCAUUCCACUACCCUUAGUUUCCUCCUUGGUAGGAUCGAAUGGAUUAGCUCGAGGCUGAUGAGCACGAGAAAAGACGUCGGGGUGCCCAAUUUCGAGGAACAUCGUAUUUUUCUUGAUAGCAAUACGUCGUACAAAUGGUUCGUUAGCUGGAAUUGAUUUAUUGUUCUUUCUUAAGGAAGACAAAUAUUCCGAUGUAGCCUUAAUCAAAGAACAGGAAGUAGCAGAAAAAAAAACUUGGUUGAAUGAUCAAAAUUCUGAGUCUGAUUAUUUGCAACUUUGCAACUUUUUUCUCUCUCUCUCUCUCUCUCUCUCUCUCUGCAAAAAGAGGAAACGAAGUUAAUAGAGAAUAUAAUCCGUCUCGUGCGAUACUAGCAUAUAAAUAGAGCGAACUGUAGAACGAAGCGUUAUCGAUCUUUCAAGCAGGCGUUCGACCGACGGAAGUCGAGCGAGCUGACCGAGUUGACCAGCGGGUAUAUAGGCGUUCGCCUCGAAGUCUCGAAUCGACCGGAAGCGAGUACGAUUUUUCACGAAACAUCUGUCUCUUGGGAAUGGUAGUCAACAGCAGCACCGUUCGUUUGUAACGGCACGAAAAUAAUACCAAAGCUGAUACGUGCAAAUGCAAAGGAAGCAAGUCGAUUGAAAAUGAAUCGUGCACACAUUUUUUCCUCAUUAUUUUCUCAUUAAGCAAUCGAUCUUUGAGAGUCGUCUCGUACUUUAUCAAGGAUGAAAAUUAGAUGUAGACGCGUUGGAGGGAUUGUACGAGUCAUGCGGCUGUCUCGAGAUCGUAAAGUUUUAUUUUAUCGAUCCUUUACCUACGUCUAUUUCAAUCUUCGUAGAAGAGUUCAUUGUUUGGCGAAUGUCAUCUCUCAAAGAGUGGACUCUCUCGCAGCCAAGAGACGUGAAAAAUCGACGUUCUCUAAAGGAGGCGUUGGUCCAUCGGUCUCGAUGGAAGAACAGCUGGGGGACCUUCGACUCCCAACUGGCAACACGUAAUCGAUGUCGACUGACUUUCUCUCUCGUAGGCUGCGCGAGAGAGAGGAGAGGGGUCCAGAGGCAACUGAGGGAGGGGGGGAAGGGAAGGGAAGAGAAGAGAAGAGAAGAGAAAGAAGAGAGAAUGCACGCACGCAUAGCCAUGGGUUUUCGCUCGAACAUGCCAAGCUUUCCGUAGCCUCCGCUCUUGGGUCCUAUCUCAAAAUCUUUUCUCUACCUUUCAUUUGUUUCCCUUUUUCCGUUUUACAGGCCCCCCCUCCCCCACACAACGAAACCUCUCUAUAUAGCCCAUCUUUACAUAGGAAAACGUCUAACGAUUUUCGAUAUAGGUAUAACGAUAUUAAUAUUCUUCAAAGAUAACAUUUCUUUUUACAGUCUCGAUAUUUUAUAUAUAACAAAAUAUAUACGUAUACCUACCUACGUAUAUAUAUUUUAUAUACCCAGAACAUUUUUAUUUAUCGAGCGUAGUACAUAGGAAAGCUUAAAGACCGCUCUCGCUUUCCGUCUGGCUCCAUUGUUGUCCCGUUUCGUUUCGAGCGCAGAAAAAAGAUCGAAAUCUAUUGAACCGUCUGAAAAGCGGCCCUCUUCUCUCGACGUUCGCUCGCGCUCCCUUUUCUACGUUUCUUCGUCGUCUCCAUUCGACCCUCCGCCUUUCGCUUCUCCUACAACCAAGUUCUUCUUUCGAUCGAAGACUGCUCUCCCUCCCUCUUUCU